UCACAGCCAAGCGCCAACACUGACGCCUUGCUCGUCAGCAUGGAGACCGUUCUAGGCCGCACGGUCGAGCUUGAUCCAGCCUCGCCUGCGCUAGUGCGGCUGCAGAUCAUCACGCCGCUCUCCAUCUUGCUCAGCUUGGGCGCUAACCUCGUCUGCGCGCUCGCCAUCAAACCUGGUCUCGGGCAAAUCAGUGAUGACUACUUGACGAUAUUGACGCCAAGAAAGAGCCUCAUUGGGAUCUACUGGCUCGUCCUCUACGUCCUGCAGAUCGGCUAUGCGGUCCUGCUGGCAGUCGUACGGAAGCCAGAGACAAGAGCACUCAUCAUCAACGGACUAGGCAUCCGAUUUGUUCUCGCCAAUUUUGUUUUUGCGUUAUGGGCAGUCUUCUGGACGCUACGCAUCUUCCUAGCAUCCGAGAUCUGUCUGCUCGUCUGCGGCGUUCUGCUGCUAUCAAUCUGGCUUACCUUGCUGCGAUGGAACACGACCAUAUCGAAGCGACCGCUCGAUUAUAUCCUCAUCAACAUGCCAGUCGUCAUGUUCCUCCUCGUCCUCUGGAACGUCGACAUCUGGCAGAACGGUCUGCUCGCGUUCCACUGGUUCAAAUACGUGGGCAGCGAUCCUAACGAAGGCCCCGGCAAAUGGGAGAAGGAACGUGGCAAGCAUGCAUGGAUCAUCUUUGGCAUCGUGACCGCAGUCGGCCUGAUCAACUCCUUCAUCGUCUUUAUCGGACGCGAUCUCGUCUGGGCCCUCGCGAGUAUCUAUCUCUACAUCGCUCUGUUGCUCAAGGAACCCAAACCACCUCAAGUCGUCAUCUCAUUGAUCCUCGUCUCGGCAUUGCAACUCAUCGCAUUCGUCGCAAGCGCGCUGUGGUACCGCUACAAGGCCAAGCAAGACGAGGGCCGCAUCUUACUGCCUGCCGAUGAUCUGGUCGAAGACGAUGCAGCGCGCGCUGGCUUUGUCUCGAACCUCGAAGAGGACUAACGAAUGGCUAUUGUAUUUCGCAUGCACUCAUACCACAUCAAGACAGCACGCGUAGAGGAUUGCAAUACUGUACAGGGCUCCUCAGGCAGGCGAGACCGUGGCAUAGGGCGCCGCGGUGAUUUUGCAGCUCCCGUUGCCUACGAGCAUCGUGAUGCCCAUCUUAUUAC